GGGCGGUUGGAGUCCGGCAUGGCCGGGAGCCCAGAGGCUCUGCUGCUGCUGCCUCUGAUGCUUCUGCUGCUGGCGACCCCUGCCCAGGUCUCCCCCGACUACUAUUACUUUGGCGAGCAGGGCAGAGGCGACACCUGGGAGCAGUUGCGGCUGCAGCAUCAGGGAAAAGGUAACCACAGGUCGCGGCUGUGACGGUGCGGAAAGAUUCUCCAUUGCCCCACUUUGCCAGCUGGCUGUAAGCAGUCCCUCCUCCGUGGACUUCACAUCUCCGCCCAGCUCCACACUGGGCUGGUUAUUUAUCUCUGAGGCUCAAUUUUUUCAUCUGUGAAUUGAAAUAGAUACUGCCUUUAAGCAGCUUACACGGAGAGAGGGUAUGUGAGCAGGACCCAACGGGCACAUCCAUAAAAUCAUGGGUAGGUGGUAGGAAGCGCAAACAUAGAAAAAGAAGGCAGGUCAACUUCUAAAGGCCCAACUGAAGGAGAUAGGUAACCAAUAUAGCUGUCAUGACAAGAAAAGCCAGUAAGGCAAAGAUUUAGGGGGAAGUGUGCCAGGGAGUGCCGUGUGAUGGAGGCUUCGUGAAUUGGCACUUGUCUUAUAGAGGUUUAGGUAGAAGUCUGUAAAAGAACCUUGUAAAGAGGAGUGGUUACACGCUCAGUAAGUUGUAGCUUCUUUAAAGGUGAUCCUACUCAGUGGUUUUCCUCUACGUACUAGGACAGCACCAGGGGUUUUAAGUACCUUUAUUAUGCUAAUUAUGUCAUUUAAUUUACCACCUGACCGACCUGCUGGUCCAGUGGCACUGUGCCUGUUGGACAGGCUCAUUAUCACUUCCCUGAAGAUGGGAGUCAGCUUCAGAUGGUGGGCACGAGGGGUGUAGUGCCACAGUCCCAACUGGGUAGGCUGGCACAGGUGGGCAGUGUUAGUUUGCAGUCCCUCUGGGCAACUCACCAGAUGCGGGAGCUCAGAAGGGUGGCUUACUCUUUCGAAGUCUCGGUUUCCCCAUCUGGGACUAAAGGACGAUUAAAAUUAGAUCAUCUGUGGCAGGGUGCCUGGCACAGAAGCACAGUCCUGCAAACAAGAGCUGUUGCUGUUUGGGUGUUUAUCUUCCUUCCCCGUUACAGGAGGGUUGGCGGGUAGGUUAACCCCGACCUAGCCCUCUAUUCUUAGAAGUGGAGGACUCGAUCCUUGGCCCGUGGGGAAAGUGGCGCUGCCUUUGCGACCUGGGCAAGCAGGAGCGCAGUCGCGAGGUGCUGGGCACAGCGCCGGGCCCGGUGUUCAUGGACCGCGAGAACCUGGUGCAAGUGCGGCCCUGCAGGCAACGAGAUUGUUCACCCUGCAAGCCGAUCGACUGCGACUGGAGGCCCUGAGACCGACUCCGGCGGGUGAGGCUCCAGAGACUCCAGAGCGGAGCUUCGAAAGCGACCCCGCCCACCCCGUUUCCCAAAUUCAGAGCUCCGCGGUCGGUCUCGGGAACUACAGAUCCCAGGAAGCGGUACGACAGCGGCGUCGGCGUCGGCUGCGCAGACGUCAGCGGCGUCGGAGGCGUGUCCUGUGUGCUAAUUGGUGGGGAGCUAGAGCCACUGAGGGACUGGCAGAAAACGCGCGCCCAGACCUGUUUCUGCGGACUUCAUUCCUGCGGCUGGUGGCGGCGGCCGAGGCGGCAUGGAUCUCAGCGAGCUGGAGAGAGACAAUACUGGUCGCUGUCGCCUAAACUCGCCUGUGCCGGCGGUGUGCCGCAAGGAACCUUGCGUCCUGGGCGUCGAUGAAGCGGGCCGGGGCCCGGUGUUGGGCCCCAUGGUCUACGCCAUCUGUUAUUGCCCCUUGUCACGCCUGGCAGAUUUGAAGGCCCUGAAAGUGGCAGACUCAAAGACCCUGUCGGAGAGCGAGCGGGACAGGCUCUUUGCAAAAAUGGAGGAGGACAGGAACUUUGUGGGCUGGGCACUGGACGUGCUGUCUCCAAACCUCAUCUCUACCAGCAUGCUUGGACGGGUCAAAUACAACUUGAACUCCCUGUCCCAUGAUACAGCCGCUGGUUUGGUGCAGUAUGCUUUGGAUCAGGGUGUGAAUGUUGCUCAGGUAUUUGUGGACACCGUGGGGCUGCCAGAGACAUACCAGGAGCGGUUACAGCAGUGCUUUCCCGAUAUUGAGGUGACAGUGAAGGCCAAAGCAGAUGCUCUCUACCCUGUGGUCAGUGCUGCCAGCAUCUGUGCCAAGGUGGCACGUGACCAAGCCGUGAAGAACUGGCAGUUUGUGGAAAAACUGCAGGACCUGGACAUCGAUUAUGGCUCAGGGUAUCCCAAUGAUCCCAAGACGAAAGCAUGGUUGAGAAAGCACGUGGAGCCCAUCUUUGGCUUUCCCCAGUUUGUCCGGUUCAGUUGGCGCACGGCCCAGAGCAUCCUGGAGAAGGAAGCAGAAGUCGUUACAUGAUUUCAGCACCGCGGACAGGAGCACACGAGAUCAGCACCACGGAGAGCUCCCGCGGCCGCCCGCAUGAAAAGGGGCGACACAAGUGGAGUCCCGGCCUUGGACAGAGAAAGGUGAAGAACAGACUCGACGAGAUGGCAACAUAAACAUGCCGACCAACAGAGACAAACAGACAAUCAACUCAGGCAAAGGCACAGAGAUGAGGAGACAAGUGCGGCCGUGGUGGGCGGGGGGGUACAGAACACAAACUAGACCUCACUAGACCUGGCUGUUGCUCCCGUUGGGAGGCAGGAGUCACUCCUGUUCAGUGACUGCCCUCGAGAGCCCUCGAGCCAUUUAUGGGCUGGACCCUUGGGAAGCCACCUCUCCAUCCUGCCCCCCAGUGCCUAGACUUGGUGUGGGUAGGUUUCAGCUCUAACUCUGGGAAGCAUAGUCAAUUUGGCCUCAGCUGCAGGAACACUGCGGGGCAAGGAGGGGGGGGGUGUUGAAAUCGCUUCAGCUGCCCCGCCCCAAAGACCAGCUAAUCGCUCCUAUAAAUACAGCCUGGCCUGGCUUCUUAAUCCUGACGAUGAGGGAAGGGGUCACUAGAGGGGCUGCAGGGUUCCCUGAAGAGUCUCUGCUUGGGAGAGGGGGGUAUCUCCCAUGAGUACGGGCCUCCUCGGUGAAAAUGUCACUGUAAGAAUGUCUUCUUGGGGCACGGGGGUCUCGUGGGUAGAGACAAUUUCCCACAGAGAAUAUGGCUUUUAGGCGGUCUUCCAUUAGGGGUAUACCUACCAGGCUCCCCACGUGAAAUGUCGCCUCGGGAUUUUUCUAUGUAGAAAUGUCUCUUCUUGGGGAAUGGUGGCUUUUGAGAGAAAGCAUCACCUCUCAGAGAUCGACUGUCUUAAGAAUGAUUUUCAGAGUGAGGGGAGAGUUCUUGAUUAAAGAGUGCCUCCCUGUG